CGGGACUGGAAGGGGAUGUCCGAUGUUGUUGUUGUAGAGAAAGAGAUGUUGUGAUUUUUUAUCCAUAUUCUUAUUGGAUAAGAUGCGAUACAUUAUAAUAGCUUACAUUUUGUAAUUUAAUAAAUGUCUAACUAUUAAUGAUAUUUACAUUUCCCAGUUUAACCGAGGCGUUGUAUAAACUGUUUUCUUAUUAUUGUAAUAUAAUGUUAUGUGUUUUGUUUGAAUAAUGGAAACUACACCACUAUUGACACGACCUAAUAAGAAAUCGUUUUGGUCAAGGAUAAACCUUGGCUGGUUUCGCAGGAGAGAACUGACUUCAAGAGUUAUUUAUUUGGGUCAAUUACCAGAUGAAGAGUUUCCUGAAAAUUAUGUUUGUAAUCAGAAAUACAAUAUCAUCACAUUCCUGCCACUUGUUCUUUAUGAACAGUUCAAAUUCUUCCUGAACUUGUACUUCCUUGUCAUGGCACUCAGUCAGUUCAUACCAAGUAUACGGAUAGGCUACCUGUAUACAUACUGGGGUCCAUUGGGAUUUGUGCUGGCUGUUACAUUGUUCAGAGAAGCUAUUGAUGACUUCAGAAGAUACAGGAGAGACAAAGAAGUGAACCGUCAGUAUUACGAGAGGAUUAUUCUCGACACGCCCUCUGAUGGUUACCGCCCCUUCCACAAGGAGAGUGUGUCUGCCUCCAAGCUCAGAGUGGGGGACAUCGUUAUGCUGCACAAGGGCCAGCGUGUCCCUGCUGACAUGAUACUGUUGAGGACUAAUGAGACCAUGGGUACUGUGUUUAUAAGGACUGAUCAGUUGGAUGGGGAAAUCGACUGGAAACUAAGGAUACCUCUAUCGCUAACUCAGAAACUGCCAACAGAUGCACACCUAUUAGACAUGAAUGCAAAGAUAUUUGUUGAAAAGCCCGAGAAAGAUAUCCACUCAUUUAUUGGGACUUGUAUCAGAAUGGAUGAAGAAGAGAGUGAUUCAUUAGACAUUGAGAACACACUGUGGAGUGGUUGUGUGGUUGCCUCCGGGCAAGCGACUGGACUUGUAAUAUAUACAGGCAGUGAGACUCGGAGUGUGAUGAACAAUGCCGUCCCUAGAUCCAAAGUGGGUAGAUUAGAUCUCCAAGUGAAUGGGUUUACUAAAGUAUUAUUUGUUGCGACAAUGUUCACAUCGUUCCUCAUGAUAGUGCUGAAAGGUUUUGAUGGACCGUGGUACGGUUUCAUGUUUAGAUUUGUACUGCUAUUCUCUUACAUAAUUCCUAUCAGCUUAAGGGUGAAUUUAGAAAUGGGGAAAAUUUUCUAUGCAUGGACGAUACAACGUGAUAAGAAGAUAGAAGGGACGGUGAUGCGGACAACUACGAUACCAGAAGAGAUGGGCAGGAUACAGUAUUUGCUGGCUGAUAAGACCGGCACACUCACUAAGAACGAAAUGGUCUUUCAGAAACUGCAUAUGGGAAAUGGGCAGUUUGACAAAAAUAACUUUUAUGAAGUAGAAGCGUUGCUGACUCAGUAUGUGACAAAUGAAAGCCAAUCACUGCCCACCUCGCCCCUGGUGGAAGGCAGUCCCCGCUCCCCCACGCCGCGCCAGGUGUGGGAAACAGUGCUCGCGUUGGCCCUCUGUCACAACGUGACCCCAGUUUACGACAUGGUCGAUGAUCAGCGUGAUGAAGCGAACUCCGAUAUGGGCAGCUCUGUGAUGUCGGAGAGUUGUGGAGGCGCGGUCCCUCAGCAACAGCUAUGUGACUACCAGGCCGCCAGCCCUGAUGAGGUGGCGCUGGUCAAGUGGACUGAUAUGAUGGGCCUGUCGCUGUACAGACGAGAUUUGCACAACAUAUCGUUGAAGCUACGCGCAGCCAACGAGAUAAUGUCGUUCACCAUUCUGCAGCUGUUUCCCUUCACCAGCGAGAGCAAGAUGAUGGGGAUUAUCGUUCAGGAGGAGAUAACCGGAGACAUAACGUACUACGUGAAGGGUGCAGACGUAGCUCUAUCAAAGUUGCUAGAUUCCACGUGGCUGGCUCGUGAAUGCAGUUCCCUGGCAGCUGAGGGACUCAGGACUUUAGUAGUUGCCAAGAGGAGCCUCACGAAGAAUGAGUAUCUGGAGUUUGAGAGUAAAUACAAGGAAGCACGUUUGAGCGUAAACAACCGAAGCGAGCGCACGGCGGCUGCGAUAUCCAUGCUGCACUGUGGUCUUACAUUAUUGGGGCUGACCGGCGUCGAGGACAGACUGGCUGAUGACGUGCCCCAGACGCUGGCCAUGCUCAGAACUGCCGGCAUCAAGAUAUGGAUGCUGACUGGCGAUAAAUUGGAGACAGCGUUGUGCAUAGCGCGCUCGUUGAACCUGGGUGGGGGCACGCGCUGGGUGGCGGCGCCCGAGUGUCGUCUCCGGACGGACUCCUACCGCCUACUCACCAUGCUGCAGGGCGCGCCACACACCGACCUCAUACUGGAAGGGGAGACGCUCGAGGUGUGUCUCCGUUCGUACGAAGAGGAGUUUGUAGAUGUGCUUCGCGAAUGCUCGGGCGUCGUGGUCGCUCGGUGUUCGCCGACGCAAAAGGCACGAGUGGCGGCUUUGCUGCGUGCGCGCGGGCUCGUUGUUGCCGCUGUGGGUGACGGCGGAAAUGACGUCGCUAUGAUACAAGAAGCUGAUAUUGGUGUGGGUAUCGAGGGGGCGGAGGGUCGCGCGGCGUCGCUGGCGGGCGACGUGAGCGUGCGCAGCCUGGCGAUGAUGGCCCGCCUGCUGCUGGUGCACGGCCGCCGCUCGCUGAUGCGCUCCGCCGCACUCUGUCUCUUCAUAGUGCACCGGGGGCUGAUCGUGUCCACCAUGCAGGCCGUGUUCUCCGUCGUAUUCUAUUUUUCAUCCGUGUCGCUGUAUCCAGGGUUCUUGAUGGUUGGCUACGGAACGCUCUUCACAAUGCUUCCUGUAUUUUCGUUGGUACUAGAUAAGGACAUAUCGAGCGGAACAGCGUUGCGGUAUCCACAACUCUACAAGCAGAUGACCAAAGGAAGACAGCUCUCGUACAAGACUUUCUAUAUAUGGAUCGGCAUAUCUAUUUACCAAGGCGGCGUUAUUAUGUACGGAGCGCUGGUGCUGUUCGAAGAUCAGCUGAUCCACAUCGUGGAGAUCAGCUACACGGCGCUCAUCCUCACCGAGCUGAUUAUGGUGGCGCUCACCGUCACCACGUGGCACAAGCUGAUGGUAGUCGCGGAGCUGGUCAGCCUGCUCAUGUACACAGCCACUCUGCUCAUCUUCACCACCUACUUCGAUGGAGAUUUCAUCAGGCACUGGAACUUCUGGUGGAAAGUGACAACUAUCACGCUAGUCUCGUGUCUGCCGCUCUACAUCGUCAAGUAUAUGCAUAGAAAAUGGAGAAUGCGCCAGUACCGGAACAUACGAAAGUGAACCUUAUAUCUUUUGUAAUUUACGACUGUGUUACCGUUAAAAAAUUAUGAAAAGUAUUUUAUUAUUAUAUAUAUUUACAUAUUAGUGCACUUUAAGAUAAACAAUUAAACCUAAAGUGGCGGUUGAGAUUAUUUAGAUUGUUGGAUAAUUUAUACGUCUAGAUAGACUAUGACAGCUGAGAACUUUUCAUUUUAUUGAUUUCUAUUCAAAUUCAAAUAUUUUCAUUCAAAAUAGGAUGUGAAAUCACUUAUUGAAAGUCAAAAAACUACCACCCAUUCCAAAAUGAAUGCCUCAGGCCUGAGAAGAAUAGGCGCAACAAACUCAGUGGGCUUUUUUUUUCAUCAAAAAUAUGUUUUACAAUUAAAGUAGCAUUGUACAAUUAUUAAACUUAUUAUUUAAUAGCCUGAGGGCGGUCGCUCCAUUCCCAAGUUGUGGUAUCAUUAAGAAAGUCAUUUAUGUUAUAGUAACCUUUACCACACAAACGUUUUUAACAAUUCUUUUGAAUGAUGUAAUACUUUUGUUUUGAACAUUUUCUGGGAUCCUGUUGUAAAAGGAUAUACAUCGCCCCACAAAAGACUUGUUAACUCGACUUAGUCGAGUAGUAGGCGUUAUAAGCUUAUGUCUGUUCCUGGUGUUAACAUUAUGGUUAUGACAAUUUCUGGCAAAUUCACUUAUGUGCCUAUGAACAUACAUUACAUUAUCAAGAAUAUAUUGAGAAGCAACAGUCAAGAUGUUAAUUUCUUUGAAUUUGGUCUCAAUGAUUCUUUAGGGACUAGGUUAUAAAUAGCGCGAAUAGCCCUCUUCUGCAGCACAAAUAUUAUAUUAAUAUCAGCAGCGCUGUCCCACAGCAAUAUACCAUAGGACAUAAUACUAUGGAAGUAACUAAAGUAUACAAGUCGCGCCGUAUCUAUGUCAGUUAAUUGUCUAAUCUUUUUAACCGCGUAUGCUGCAGAACUAAGUCUGUUCGCCAAUUCUUCAAUAUGGGGGCUCCAUUGAUAUUUACUACUUCUUUGUUUAAAAUAAGAUCUAUGUUGUUAUAACUGUAAUUGAAAAUAAUUGUUCGUUUCUUUUUAAAUAUUAUGUAAUUUAAUUUUAAGCGGCUUCACACACAGAUAAGCUUCUUAAAGUUAAAGUGUGUGUUAUUAUUGUUGUAAGCUGUAAACUACAUUGUAUUUUAAAUAAAUAUUAUUAAAAAAAACUUGUCAGCAACGCACGCACACUUAAACAAAAAUUUACUGACAUAUCGCAGUAAGCAAGUCGCAAGUGUAAGACGUAACUGUACACUAAAGUAAUAAAACUGGGAAGUUGUCAUGCGAUGCCUAACGAGAAGAGGCUCCAUCUAGACGUAUAAAUUAUCUGAGUUUAGAUUGUGUCCAAUGUAAAUUGACAGAAAGAAAAACAUAAAGUAUGGAUUACAGUUUAGUACAAAGUUAUGUUAUGUGUGGAUUGCUUUAUAAUUUAUAUUAUAUUCCUAUCAUAAAGAUAAUAGAGAUAGUAGAGAUAGAUAGAGUAGUUGGUGUUAUAUUUGGUUCGUUAACUGUUGAUUUUAAGUUUAUUAUAUAUGUUUAACUGAUAAUUAUUAUAAUGAGAAUCAUUCAUAUAAUUUACAAUCUAAUGGUAUCACAUGUUUUAUUAGAAGUGAUGAACAGGUUAAAUAAUAUUUGUCUCUACAUCUCUAGCGGUUUUCUUUAGCAUCACUUUUACAAAUUAGUGAGUAAUCAAUCCCCACAAAAUGCUUUUAUUAUAUAUAAAAACAUUCUGCCACUUGUCAAUUAUUUCAUAGUUUAAGUAAAAGUUUCUUACUUUUUAUCGUUUAUUUUUGUAUAAUGUGUACCGUGUAUAUUUUCUUAUGUCGCUGUGGAUAAAUAUUCUUACUGACGCGCUGAUUAAAUUUUUAUUUGUUCAUUAUUAAUAAAUCACUUUAUAAGGACCUUAGAGAUGACUUCAUAAUUCAUUAUUAUCAUUGGCAAUUGACUGCAAAUGCUUUACGGUAAAGUAUUCCAAUAAAAAUAGAAUUAGUGAUUUAAACGUCGUGUCGGGAUUUUAGUUAUUGGCAUCAAUUAAUUCAGCUAAUUACCACCGUGCUUUUUAUUUGUAACAAGUGCUGACCGGGCAAACGUUGUUUUGUCAUAUAAAUUAAGUCCGAUCAUUGUAUUAAUUGUCAUAUGAAAUGAUAUGUCAUUUACUGAAUUAUUUGUUUUUUGAAUAUAUAGGUAUUUCUAAUUAAAUUUGUAACCAAAAUUUUAUGAACGUUGA